GGACCCCGAUACUGGUGAGCGGAUCCGCCUUUAACUUGACUUCUUUGCCCGAACAGUUAGAGGAGAAGAGGAUCGGGGCAACGGGGGUUUGUGGGGAACGAGGACUCUUCCGUUCCUAGAAAACCGUGUGGCCGAGGUGAUUCGGUUGUCGGUGGUGGUCGGACCGCAGCAGGCCGGCGUGAAGUGGACGCCCCCCCCUCCUCCUCCUCCCUCUCCUUCCCCCUCUCCUUCCUGAAAACCACCCCACAAUUGGUAUUUACCGACAAAAACAGCGGCCAAGAUGGGUCACUCACUGUGAGUGGAAGCGCCAGACCAGGGUUACAGGAGGAGGCGGCGGCCUUGGGGGAAUUCAGCCGGGAAUGGUGUGAGCUGAGACGGCCAGGCAGUCUGGAUCUGACCGGGGACCCGUCAUUCCCCCGGAGCCUCCGCGGCUCCAAGCCGCGUCCUGAGCCCUCCAAGAUGGGGAAGUGCGAGGGGAGAUGCACGCUGCUUGUGAUAUGUUCACUGCAGUUGGUGGCAGCCCUGCAGAGGCAGGUGUUUGAUUUCCUGGGCUACCAAUGGGCUCCCAUCUUGGCCAACUUCCUGCACAUUAUGGCCGUCAUCCUGGGCAUGUUCGGCACCGUGCAGUUUCGUUUCAGAUACCUCAUCUUUUAUGCAGUAUGGCUGGUCCUUUGGGUGGGUUGGAACUCAUUCAUUAUCUGCUUCUACCUGGAGGUUGGAAACCUGUCUCAGGACAGGGACUUUCUCAUGACGUUCAACACAUCCCUUCAUCGCUCGUGGUGGAUGGAGCAUGGUCCUGGUUGCCUGGUAACGCCAGUGCUAGACUCUCGUAUGGCCCCUGAUGACCACCAUGUCAUCACUGUGUCCGGGUGUCUCCUUGACUACCAGUACAUAGAGGUGUUGAGUUCAGCCAUCCAGAUCCUCUUGGCUCUCUUUGGCUUUGUGUACGCCUGCUAUGUGAGCAAAGUCUUCCAGGAUGACGAGGACAGCUUUGAUUUCAUUGGUGGCUUUGACUCAUAUGGCUACCAGCCUCCUCAGAAGUCCUCUCAUCUGCAGCUGCAGCCUCUUUACACGGCUGGUUAACGCUUGGUAGCGCCCCCUUCAGGCCAAACCCUGACGGUGUCACUGUGGAUGGAAAGCGGCGGUUGCCUUGAUUACACUCUCUGUGUGUCACAGUUUACCCAAGGAAUGGACUUACCCCACCCAGAGGGAGAGACGUCUGUGCGUGUGUGCAUGUGUGCUUGUGUCCGAGAAAGAGAAAUACAGCCCUGAAUAGAAUGUACAGAGCUCAGGGAAGAACCAGCAUGCCGGGGUGGUGUGAUGAGAUGGAGGAGGAGGAGGAGGAGAGUUAUGGGGAACAAGAGCUGGGGACACCUCUGUCAAAUCACCGAUGACACACUUCACUUAACUGCCAGCUCUCAACACUCCCACAAGUGUGUGUGUGUGUGUGUGUGCGCGUGUGCGUGUGUGUGUGAGAGAUUGUGUAGCUCCUCGGGACUAGCUGGUGCUUUGUGGUUGCACCCUGGACUCUCGGUGUGUCCCUGUGAUUUUUUUUUUUUUUUUUUUUUGGAGGGGAUUCUCGUGUGUGUGGGGGUGGGGGUCACAUAACAAAAAGAGGCACAGCUCGUACCUGUUGUCGUUUUAGAAUGUGGUGACGUCAAACUAGAGCAGUCUUACGAUUCCCAUUCCCAAAGCCAUCUUUCCUUUCCUUCAAUGCCGUUAAAACCACUGUUGACAUUCAAGCUUUUUACAUCACAGCUCUGGUCUGCUGAGGCGGUAAAGCAGAGCUGGUGGAGCAGAAAGGAUGAACUUCUUAAAGGAUCAGGCUGGCAAUAUUUUGUAUAUUUUAUUGCUGACCAAAACCAACAAUGCACUCAUCCGUCUGUCAAAACUUUUGUUCCAUCUUAAAAAAAAGGGUCACAGAAAUAUGCUUACACUGUUAAAAAAAGGCUAAAUUAUUUCUUAAAACAGCCGAACACUGUAUUUUUGAGCAAACACCUCUCAAAGAGCACUACAUAGUGUGUUUGUUGGGGACUAUUUUCAGCUGUGCAUGUGCUGUGCUAAUGAGUAUUUACAGCAGCAGGAUGGCGUACGUGGGAUCAUCUCAAAAUAAACAACAGUCAUCAUGUUCAUCAUAAUGAAGUAACGUGUCACCCAGGCUCAUUGAUGUGUGUGUUUUGGACAAAAAUGGAUUUCACAGAGGAACACACUAUAUCAGGUUUGUUAGUUGGAUUAACCCAUUGUCGGUUUUGGUCUUGUUGACAAUGAGAAAAGUAGAAAAUAUCACCAGACUCAUGCUUUGAAGUUCUGGCUUACAGCAAAAAUCAAAUCAAAUGUCCAUUGCCAGGAUAUUUUGUUUUCAGGAAACUAAAUUCAGAAUACUCUACAUGUCAUGCUGUUGAUUAGGGUUGCAGAUGGCUUUGGGAUCAGGCAUU